AUGAAGUUCUUCUCUGCUGCCCUCCUCAUCGCCGGCGCCAGCGCUGCUGCCGUUAAGAGAGAUGGUACCUGGAACGACUGGUCCAGCUCCUGCGUUCCCAGCACCGAAUACGUGACCACCACUGAAUACUCGACUGCCUGGUCCACUGCCUACUCGACUGUCUACUCCACCGCCUGGUCUACUGCUUAUUCCACCGUUUACUCUACGGCCUGGUCCACUGCCUACUCCACGGUCUACAAGCCAACCACUACCUACAGCACCGUCUACUCCACCGCUACCGUCACCACGACCGAAGUCAAGCCCGUCUACAGCACCAUCACUGAAUGGAGCACUGCCUACCAGACCGCGACCGAGACUGAGACUGAGACCGAGACCGUCACUUACACUCCGGCGCCGGAAUCUGUUUACAUCACCGAGACUGUCACUGCUCCUUGCGCCCAAACCUGGGGUGACUGGAACCGCAAGUGA